GCGGGUCUGUCCAGCACCGCGCAGGCGCGGGCGGCUCCACGGGCAACGUACAGUAGCUGCAGACGGAGCUGGGGGGGCGAAGCCGCCGUGUUCACGCGUUGGGUUUGAUCAUUUUGUUUGUGUUUGGGGCGAAGAAAGAGUAGCAGCCCGGCGAUUAAUCGGGAAAGCAGCGAGAGGUGGCCUGCGUCACCGCCUCCCCCCACCCUGCUGUGUGGGCUGUGAAGGCGAAAGGAUUUGGGGAAGACGGUGGAAGAGAGUAAACACGGGGGAUUUAAACACCAGUAAUUUUCCCCCUCCCCUGCGUUAACUACAACAGACAAAAAGAGGUGGCGGUGGCUGGUUGGGACUGCGCCGAUCGGACCUGCGAGAGGGCGGCUCUGUCGGCGGCGGGGAUCCCUGCGCUCCGAAAGGACGGCCUGCGGAGCCACUCGGGACCGGAGCUGCGGGAUUCACAGACCGGGGGGGGGAGAGAAACAAUCCUAAAGAAGCUCCCUGCCGUGGGGGUGCGGGCGAGCCGCCGGACUGCCCUGCCCGUGUGCUCGACCCCUUGCCCGUAGCUGCAGGCUCUGCUGCGCGCAGGGCGGUGCAGCUGCUCCGGGCUCGGCGCCGCGCAGCGGGCCGGGAGGACCUGGGCUACACUGUUGCCGUCGCUGGCGCCAAUGUUUCUGGACAACCACACGUCUGUAGCUGCGUGAUUGUGGGGGUCUCUAAAACAAGACGUGCGACACUCAAGCCAUGGUGUUUCCGCGGACUUGGAGUUAACUGGGAUUUCUUUUUUCUGCCCCGAGAACUUCUUGCGCUUUUAAUUGAAAUUCGCAUCCUCCCACCUCCGUGCUCCGGACAUAUAUAUUCUGCUUUUUUUUUUCUUUUUGUUGUCGCCCUUGUCGUUUUCCCGGCGUGUUGCUAACCGGUUGCCCACUGACGUGAACGCGUUGCGGGGGGUUUCGGUGCGCAAUGAGGGCGGCCGGGCUGUGCGUGAGGCGAGGGGUGAAGACGUGAGGAACAGCUUGGGACCGCGAGAAGGAAGCAGCUGAGCCGAACCGGGCCGGGCCGGGCCGGGCCGGGCCGGGGAGGGGAAGGGGGUGGUGGAGACGGUGCAGAGCCCCCCUUCUAUUUCAGCGCUGUGGUUUUGGGGGUUCAGGGGGAAAGGGUGGGUGUGUGUGUGGGUGAGGUGUCAUGGCCAAGACUGAGAAUGGGCUGCGGUCUUCCGAUCCGCAGAACCUGCGGGGGACGAGCGAGAGUCUGGCCGAACGGGAGAGCAGCUCCUUCGGGUCGGACUCGGAGGUCAACGGCUUCGCCAACACGGAGCGCCAGACGGACAGAUAUGGGUUUAUUGGAGGAGCCCAGCAGCACACGGGACACUCAGAGCAGGAAGUCCCUCCCGAGGUGCUGAGACAGAGAGAGGCCAAGUGGUUGGACAUGCUGAACAACUGGGACAAGUGGAUGGCCAAGAGGCACAAGAAGGUGAAGCUCCGCUGCCAGAAGGGCAUCCCUCCCUCCCUGCGAGGCCGGGCUUGGCUCUACCUGUCCGGCGGGAAGGUGAAGAAGGAGCAGAACCAGAGGAAGUUCCAGGAAUUGGACAGCCAGCCAGGAGACCCCAAAUGGCUGGAUGUGAUCGAGAAGGACCUGCACAGGCAGUUCCCCUUCCACGAGAUGUUUGUGGCACGAGGGGGUCAUGGGCAGCAGGACCUGUUCCGCGUGCUGAAGGCCUACACCCUGUACCGGCCCGAGGAGGGGUACUGCCAGGCCCAGGCGCCCAUCGCUGCGGUCCUCCUCAUGCACAUGCCGGCCGAGGAUGCAUUCUGGGGCUUAGUGCAGAUCUGUGAAAAGUACCUUCCUGGAUACUACAGUGCCGGGCUGGAGGCGAUCCAGCUGGAUGGCGAGAUCCUGUUCGCUCUGCUGCGCCGCGUCUCCCCAGCGGCUCACAAACACCUGAAGAAGCACAAGAUCGACCCCAUCCUGUACAUGACCGAGUGGUUCAUGUGCGCCUUCUCUCGCACCCUGCCCUGGGCGUCCGUCCUGCGCGUCUGGGACAUGUUCUUCUGCGAAGGGGUGAAGAUCAUAUUCCGAGUGGGCCUGGUCCUCCUCAAGUGCAUGCUGGGUACUCAGGAGAAGCUGAAGGCUUGUCAGGGCCAGUAUGAGACCAUGGAGCUGCUCAGAGCAGUGGAUCCCAAAUACAUGCUGGAGGGUUUCCUCAUUCGAGAGAUCCUGGAGCUGCCCGUGUCGGAGCGCGACAUCGAGAAGGAGCACCACGUGCAGCUGAAACGCUGGAAGGAGACGCACGGCGACCUGCACUACAAGUCCCCUCCCAGAAUGCACGGGGCUCGGGCGAUCAUAACUGCCGAGCCCCACACACGCCAGGACCUCCGGCAGAAUCCCACCAUCGUCGUGGAGCCGCCCCCCCCCAAUGCGCCACCCGCCAAGGAUGAGAAGAAGAAGGACAAAGGCCGGAGGGGCAGCCUGAAGAAGGCCCCAGGCUCCAAGAAGGAGGUCGCCAACCCCUACCCCAUUCCAAGUGUCCCCCCAUCACUCCCGGCAGACGCACCCCUGCAGCCAGAGCCAGAGUCCUCCCAGCAGGACAAUCAGAGCCUGAGCAGCACUGAGCUGGACACGUACCUGUAGCAGCACUCCCAACACAGGCAAGAGGACCUUUUCUUGGAAAUGACCCAAGGGCUAUUGGCCAUCACUGUGAGGAUCAUCCCCAGAGUUAGGAGCUAGGUGCAGGAUACACCGACUGGCCCUUAUUGCACAUGGGAGAUUUUCCCUUUUCCCUCCUCCCUCCCUGCUUUUCCCUAAGAUUUUGUCUUACAUGACCCAUUCCACCUAGACUCUCUCUCUCUUAGUCCUGAGCUGCAAACAUGUCCCCAGCUGUUACGCAGUUUAGGUAACUUCAGGAAUUGCCAAGGUCUGAAAGGGGUUUCCGGACAUUUUCUGCUGUAGUAGGUGCUGCUCGGAUUUGCUUCUGACGGAAGGGGAGGACAUUAAUAAGCAAGCCUUAUCUCCUAAAGUUCGGGUUGGGUAACAGAAUGCGAAUUGAACGCAGACACAAACGGAUCAGUGCGCUAUAACCCUUGCAAAUGUUCUGAGGGACGUGGCAUGCCUGUUCCUGUUUGCUGCUCUGACCCAGUUGGACUUGAGAAACUGGGGCUGUUUUAGGUCGAGACCUGCCGAGUGCAAAAGUUAGUUCAUGGCGUGUCGAUCCCGGAUGUGGUGCGGGCUGUGAGCUCUGCAGCAGGGCGAGUGAGCGAGAGGUUUACCCUCUUAUAACCCUUCUAAAGCUUUGCUGUGGUCUGCCAUGGAAACGCCACUGUAGAGUGUAGCAAAGCCCCUGGGAAAUAAGUUAAAGCAUUGAGAAAAUAAAAGUAUGUUAAAGGAUGAUGGUUAAGCAUGGGGAAACCCCGAAAACCCCAUGCAGAUGUACAGCAGAAGCCAAUCAGAAGGGCCGUCACGUGCUCCACCUACACUGCAGAACAGUAACCUCUCACUCAGCAUGGGUUUUAAUGACGAAAUACAGCCCCCCAGAGCUAAUCAUUCUAAAACAUAACAGCUAAAACGUUCAUUUUGUUUUCCUAAUAUGGCACUUAAUCCUUUAAGCUCUCCCAAACUCUUCGGUUUUUAUGACAUUUGAAGCAGAAGCUAAGUAAUUACUCCUCUACCUCCAUUUCUGUGCUUCUGGAAGACUCUGAUACUGCUGCUGCACUGUAUAGAAAUCUCUCCUCUUUUAAAAGCAUUAAGAUACUCAGUGGUGGUGUGAGAACAGAGUACCUGCAAGCCUGCAAGAGACGUGAAAGCAAGUAGAGGAUGAGUCCUGUUUACAUUGCAGCUCUUUUUGCGUAAGAUACCAAGACGGGAAGGGUUUUUCUAAAAUGUUCAUCUGAAUAUUUGCCAGUGCAGCCCAGUGGUCAUUGAUAAAUGUGGUUCUGUAGCUUAUUGGGGGAAUUUCCUCUGUAGUGUACAGGGGAGCAGGGAGGCUUGGUGGCAAAGGCAGGUUUUUGUGGCGAACACUAGAGGGGGCAGCCUUCUGUUAUAGAAGAACAACCCUAGAGGGCACAUUCCAGUAACCGCAUUGAUAGCUCAAACAUGUCUGAACCUCCUGGAAAUGGAAAGUGGGGCUGUUGAAGUGGAUCCUCUCUGAAAUUAUGAAGCAGCAAGCAAAUCCCACAAGGAGCAGGAAAAAAAAAUUGAAGCAGGUGAUUUCUGUAUCGCUUUUUAGGACUGGAUUUUUGGCGUCGAUCUUGCAAUUCUUAAUUGAACAUUCGCUUCUAAAAAUGCCUUGUGCACCAAGGUCCUAAAAAGCAGCAGUGAAUAUUGCUUAAGAUAAGCACACAUAGGACUGAUUACUUAAAGCCUGUUCUCUUCAGGGCAGACAACAUACUGCUUUCCAGAGGUGAGUGCAAAAUGUAGAUCAGCUGCACGAGAUAUGCACCUUUUCCACUUUAAGCCUGUCAUUUUGAAACAGGUGAAUCUAAUGUUUGCACAGAGCUCUGAAGCUCACGUGACCAAACUUCAUGCACUGUUCAUCAGUCUUAAACAUUGGCUGCAAUACCAGCAAAAACAGACGGGUCAGUAACAGCAAAGAUCUAGUCGGCAGCACUGAGUGGAAUCAUUUGGGUUUAUCCAGUACAACGACCCUGUAUUGGAUAAAGCUAUUAGAAAAUGGAUGAAUGGAAGAUGGGGUUUUAACACAUAAAGGGGCUUUAUUCACAAAUAUUGAUUUAUUCACAGUGUUUAUAGGUGAGGUGCACAGAAAUGCCUGUCAAGUCCCUCUUCAGAUUUAGAUAUUUUGCUUUUGUGACAAAGUUCCCCCCCACCCCCCACACUUUU